AUGAGUGAUAAAGAGAAAGAAUUGUGCCCACGAUUGAUCGACUUUUUGGUUAUUGUCGGGAAACGUAAUCGAGCAAGAACAACCAGCCAAGCUAAUCAAGAUGCGCCGAUACCGCACUCAACGGUGACGUAUCCGGAAAUUUUGCGAAGAUAUCCAACGGACGAUCAUAAAGAUUUCAUUCUACCAACAGAUGUUACUGUCUUCUGUCAACCUGAAGGAUGCAAUACCACAAGUUCACGUUAUCACCAUGGUGCACGGAAAGAACCUCAGUUUUUUGUAUUCAUGCUCACAGAAAAGGAUUCAGCCAAAAUACGUUACGGAAUUUGUUUGAACUUCUACCAGUCAUUUGAUCGAAUGGUGGUUGACAAUGUGGUAAAAGGAAACCAGAAACGGAAUGAUUAUCCACUGUCGCUAACAAGUCUCACAUUUAUUUCUCACCAUCCUUUCGUGUCAAUAUUCCACAAAAUUCUCGUAUUGCUCAAAAAAAUUAUUGAUAGCUGCAAUCAUCGCGCUGCUCAAGCCACCGGCCAUAAAAACAUUAUUUGGGCCAUACUUACUGGUCAUUGGAACGAACAGAUACCAGUUGUUGCGAUGAAGGAAAUCAAAGAAAUUGAAACUUGGAUUCUUAUGCUUCUGAGCUCACCGGUACCUGUGCCAGGAAAAACCAAAGUUCAAAUAGAAGCAAUGCCGAUGGAUAUCACGCAAAUUUACGAAUUUGCGUUGCCAGACCACACUAGAUUCACUCUAAUUGAUUUUCCAUUGCAUAUCCCAUUUGAACUUCUUGGUGUUGAUAUGGCGCUCAGAGUUUUAACAGCGGCAAUGCUUGAAUUCAAAGUUGUUAUUCAAUCACGAAAUUAUAACGCAGUGAGCAUGUGUAUUCUUUCAAUCGUGGCUCUUUUAUAUCCAUUGGAAUACAUGUUUCCGGUAAUUCCAUUGCUGCCAGCUUACAUGCCUUCUGCCGAACAGCUUCUUCUGGCACCAACGCCAUUUUUAAUUGGUGUUCCAGCUUCUUUCUUUCACCACAGAAAAAUUCAAGAGCUUCCUUCUGACGUCAUACUAGUUGAUUUGGACUCGAACUGCCUUCAAGUACCCGAUGAGCUUUACAUACCUGAUCUACCUGAACCAGACGCAUCGCAGUUAAAGGCAAAAAUCAAAAGUGCUCUAAAUAGCAUGACAUCUGUCGCUUCCGAAAACUCCUCUAGUCGAGAAGCCGCUUAUAUAAUGGAUAUUGAUGCAGUUGACGUAGCUUGUAGAGUUGCGAUGGUGCAAUUCUUUAAUUCACCAAAUGUCUUUGGUCACUUCAGCGAGCAUACCAGAACACUCCGUUUAUAUCCAAGACCAGUUGUGUCCCUUCAGGCCGAAUCAUUCCUUCGGAGUAGGCCGCAAUGUACACAGUUCAUAACGGAUUUGUGCAGAACACAAGCUGUUGAAUACUUUGCGGAAUGUUCACUUUGCCCAAAAAAUGAGACUUUUGUGAGAGUUCAAGCAGGAAUCGAAAGCCCUGAACAAGUUGGAGAUAAGCCAAAAUGGUUCAGUGAAAAUCUCAUGCCUGUACAUUUCAUGGUUUAUCCAAAUGAUUCGACUAUUGCAACUGCAUAUGUCGAGUAUACACGGGAAUCAGACACUGAUAGCGAAGGUGAAGAUGAAUUAUCAAUUGACAGCAAUAGCAGUAUGGAUGAUUUGGUUUUUGACGGAAAUGAAGAUAAUCGUAGUCAUGAAGAAGUUACAAAGCCGCUAGCAGAAGUUAAUGACGUUUAUCACGAACCAAUGUCUUUGGAACUUCCUCCAAGCGAAAGUGCGGUCUCUAUUGAAAGCUCAAUAAGCAGCGGACGAUCGAGUCCUGCUUCUUCUUUAUCAACUUCUGCAAUGGAUAGCGAAGCCGAUUUUGCAAGACUCGCCGAGAAUUUAGCAUUGAAAUCCAACUCGCAGGGAUCUUUUUCAUUUGAUCAUGGAAGUGAUUCGGAUUACGAAACUACGCCGGUGUCUCAAAGACGAAAAACUAUUCAUUCCGAAACGAGUUCGGUUAGUUCCCCAGUGUCAAAACAAAGUAGCAACAGCAAAGGCUCUAAACUCAAGGGAUUUGCAAACUUUUCCGAUUCAAGUGAGAAAGUUCUCGGCCCUUCUUUUAUGAAUGCAAUUAAUGGCUAUGCCGAAAAAAGCCAUAGUGUGUUCAGCUCAGUAAUCAAUAAAACCGCUCCGAAAGCUCAAGCACUUAAAGAGCGCACAAUGAAGCCAAUUGCCAAUAAGAUAGAGCAAAGUCAGCAUAUGGUUAUGACGAAGGCGAUUCCAAAUCCAACUAGUCAACAAACGGCUAUUCAACAAAGCAAAAAUCAGCAAUUGGUUAGAGAAUAUUGCGAUCAAGCAUUGGCUGGACAAAGCGUCGGAAUGUUCUCAGCUCCAAAAUUGAGAAGAUUAAUGGAAGAUGAAUCGCUAAGAGAACUUGUGUGUUCAAAACUCAACCUAGGGCUUGAAUUCAAACUUUCGGAAGAUGAAUAUGUCAAAGAGAUACAACUAACCAAAUCGCAAUUCAAAGCUUACGUAAAAAUUUUAAAAGCUUGUCUGGAAGGAAUUGAAGUUUCCUUUAAUACGCCAGGAUGUUGCGGCUUGGCAAGUGUUUUCCAUGUGCUUGAAAUUGCACACACCCAUUAUUGGUGCAUGUCUGGAGGAGAUACCGCUAUCACGCCAAGUAGUUCCGUAUCAAGCACCUUGGUUACCCCUUCUGAAUCUACCUAUGAUAUGCCCAAAUUUGAUCAGUCACAUGCCAAAUUACCAGCAAGCACAAUUGAUCUACGAACGCCUACAAAACCAGUUGGCUUACCGCUUAAUGGAGAUGCGAUCAAACCAUCCGAUGUCCCAACAGAACCGUUAACGACGCGAGCUCCGCCUCCUAUUCCGCCAAGAGAACCACCACCGGUGCCAAAACGAACAGCUCCACCUUCGGGUGCUCCACCACAUAGCGUACCACCAACGGUGCCACCACCAAUCCCAAGGAGACCCCCUCCACUGCCUCCUAGACCGGGAGCUGCAAAGAAAGAAUCAUCUGAACCAAUCAAAGAUAUUCCAAAAGAGCUUCCUCCUCCGCUUCCUACUUCAGUGACUCCAAGCGAUACUUCAGCACGGCCACAACCGUCGACAUUUCAACAACCCGAGCAACCGCUAUCAGCAGCACAAGAAACGAAGCAAUGCAAGUCAUCACAACCACAGCCUCCGCAUUCACAAUUAAAAUCACCGCCAACCUCGUUACCCGUAACAAAGGGUGAACCACAAAAAGUGCUUCCAACACCUAGCGAACCUAUGAGACAUUACAUUUAUCAAGAAUUAAUUCUUGGAAAUCAAAAUCCUAUUUGGCAGAACCCACAAUUUUGGGAAAAUGCAUUUGUAGACUUAGUUGCUCAGGAGCGAGAAAUUGUUGGUAUGGAUCAAGAACCUUCGGAAAUGAUCGACAGAUAUGCUACUUUGAAUGAGUCAGAAAAGAAAAGAUUAGAGCUUGAAGAGGAUCGACUUCUCUCGACGUUACUUCACAAUAUGACGGCCUACAUGAUUAUGUGCGGUACAGGACAACGAGCAUUGCAGCAAAAAGUCCGCCGUCUUCUUGGAAAAGCUCAUAUUGGUCUAGUUUGCUCAAAAGAAAUUAACAAGCUACUUGAUGAGCUCCCGUCGACGCAGGGUAACUUCAUUCCACUAAAGCCAUUAGGAUCUCGCUUGGUUCAAAAACACUCGUUCACGGUGUAUCCUGAACCAAACCAAGAGGGUGAAAUGAUGUUUAUGGAAGUGUGUGAUGAUGCGGUUGUUCUGCGUUCUGUUACAGGAGCUGUAACUGAACGAUGGUGGUAUGAGAGACUUGUGAAUAUGACGUAUUCGCCAAAAACAAAAGUGUUGUGCUUGUGGCGACGUCAUGAGGAUAAAGUGCAUAUGCACAAAUUCCAUACAAAGAAAUGCCGCGAACUGUAUCAAUGCAUGAAAACGGCUAUGGAACGAGCUGCGGCAAGAGGAAAGGUGUCGGUAGAAGGAAGAGCUCUUGGAGGAGAGUUCCCAAUUCAUGACACCGAAACCAAUCAAGGAGGACUACUGCAGGUUCGAUGUGAUGGAGUCGCCGUUAUAUUUGCAAACAGUAAAAUAUUCAUUGAUCUCGCGAAGAUUAAGAAGUGCAAUACGUUUGGUGGUAAUGUGUUUCUACUUGAAGAAUAUGAUCGCAAGAAAGGAGAACUUGUUCAGCGACGCUAUUAUUCCCAAAUGGCGGAUCAGAUUUGCUACGCGGUACUUUGCGUGUUCUCAUUAGCUGCUGCUGGUCAUAAGAAAUCAUUGGAACAAGGGGAUCAUUCAAGCCAAAACCAUAACAGCACCAACCAUCACCAUCAUCAUUAA